UAGCUUUUCGUUGCGUCCCGCGAAAGGCGGUACUAUCAGUUGAGUUUCUAGCCUCGUUUGAGCAGUACCAGCGGAAUGGCAAAAGGUGCCAAGAAACAAUCGAAAACCGCCUACUUCAGGAUUGACAAUGAAGCGAACAAUGUUCACCGUGUUGAUCCGCAGUACGGCAUACUGGUUGUGCUGUUGGUGCUGGCCGCCGGUUCCGUGAGCAACUAUUUCCUGAAAAACCUGCCCGACGCUCUGACGGUCAAUGAUUUAGAGCGGUAUCCAAACACGUUUAUUGCCGAGCGCGCAUGGAACAACCUAAAGAGUUUCACAGAUUUGGGUCCCAGAGUGGCCGGAACAAAGGCAAACGAUGAAUUAGCGGUGGAUAUUUUUAAACGCGAAACCGAAACAAUUCAAGCCACUAAACAUAAAAACCAGGAGGUCAUUACAGAGAACCAGAUCGUAACCGGUGUGUUUAAUUUUACUUUCUAUAGCACAUCGAUGACUUCCGUUUACCGUAAUGUACAAAAUGUGGUGGUUAAGUUGGUAGGAGAAAGUGAUGAUGCCCUUUUACUGAACUGUCACUUCGAUUCCGUGCCCGGGAGUCCAGGUGCAAGCGAUGACGUUGCCAGUUGUGCGGUGAUGUUGGAAAUUUUGCGAGUAAUGUCUCGCUCUCCGGAACGCAAUCGGCAUUCAAUUAUUUUUCUUUUUAACGGAGCGGAAGAAACUUUGCUUCAAGCUUCUCAUGGGUUCAUAACGCAACAUCCCUGGGCGAAGUACAUCAAGGCGUUCAUCAACUUAGAAUCAGCGGGCUCCGGUGGCAAGGAGGUUCUGUUUCAAAGUGGUCCAAAUCGUGUUUGGAUGGUUGAUGUGUAUGCGAAGACAGUGAGAUAUCCGUUUGCGCAAGCUAUGGCAGAGGAGCUGUUCAAAACCGGAUUGAUUCCCUCCGAUACAGAUUUUCGAAUUUUCCGGGAUUAUGGGGAAAUACCAGGAAUGGAUCUAGCACAUUUUUUGAAUGGGUACCGGUAUCACACAAAGUAUGACUCGCUGGAAUACCUGUCGCUGUCAGUUCUGCAACAUACCGGAGAUAACGCGCUGGCCUUGACACGAGGUAUGGCAAACAGUGAGCACUUAUCAGCUGUCGAAGACGAACAAGGGUCGAGCGCUGUUUUCUUCGACUUCAUGGGAGUGAUAUUCGUGAAUUAUUCCUCGAAUUUGGCGAUGUUUAUCAACACAUCGGUGGCAAUCCUAUCCGUACUGAUACCAUAUCUUUCCCUAUCAAGGGCCACCGACAAUCGGGAGAGUAGUUCUAUUUGGAGGGAAGCGUUUUAUGAAUUUCUGGCGAUCUUGAUUGGAACUGUACUAAGUGUGUCCACAGUGACACUUUUAGCCCGUCAAAUGGAGGCUAUGAAUACAUUAAUGACGUGGUACAGCAAUCGUUGGCUAAUCAUAAACCUUUACUGUGCUCCUGUUUUGGUAGUUCACUGUUUGACACAAAUGUUCUUCAACUCGUACUUCGAAAAGAGUAAGACCUCACUUACCACGGGAAUGAUAACACAAGCGAAACUGAUUGGCGUCAACAUUUUCUGGAGUAUAGCGAGCCUAUCGUUAACCGUAGCUGGAUAUAGAUGUGCAUACAUUUUCAUGAUACUACAACUGUGCUCUUUGUUGUCUACAGUUGCAAACUGGUUGCUCGCAGCUCAGCGCACCGUUCGCAAGUGGAUACUGAUUCACUUGCUGUUUCAGUUUGUGGUGAUUGUUUGGUCGUCAUUUUACUACAUCGUUUUCGUUAACCUCUUUGUACCGAUAACUGGCCGUUCGGGACGUGUUGUGAACCCAGACUUUAUUAUCGGAGCCGUUGUCGGACUGUGUGUAGUGCAAACCUGCAGCUAUCUACUGCCACUGAUAACACUUGUUAGGAAACCCUCACGACUAACAGCUGCUUUCAGCGCCCUGUUUUUGCUUACCAUACCAAUUGUAUGUUUCACGUCGAUCGGGUUUCCUUAUCGGGACUCGACAUCAACCGAACCUUCAACGCAACGUCACAUAGUAACCCACACACUGCGAGCAUUUCAUGACGAAAUCGGUCUACUAAAGCACACGGACAAUGGUUUCUUGUUUGAAACCAUGGAUGUUAAUGGAGGCCGAACACUGAAGCAGUAUAUCGCUUCGGAUGAUAGUUUUUCACCCAUAGAAGAAAUGAAAUCCUGCAAAACAGAACUCUUUUGCGCUAUUCCGUUCGAUGCUAUGUGGCGUCAAAUGCACUUCGAUCACUUUUGGCAAUCGGCUAAAACUGCACCAGCGGUCCACAACAUGUUCACGUUGGCUUACGAGGGUAAAGAAAAGCUGAGCGAUCACGUGUGGAGAAUCAAUUUCAAAGCGGAAGGAAACCUUCAAUCUGCGAUCUACGUUGGACCCAAACCUGGAGUUGAAUUGGUCGCAUGGAGUUUACAAGAUGUGGUUGCACCCCCGGUAACCUUCAAUGAUCAGGAAGGAUAUUUUGUAUAUAUCACUCAUGGUUUGGCUAAUCCUAAGCCUUGGAAUGUAACUAUGGAUUUUAAAAUUGAAGAUCCAAAGCACGACGGACUUUUGGUAGAGUUGGGAGUAGUUACAAAGUUUUGGGAGUAUCACGAAAUGCACAACGACGAAUUUAAGCAACUGCUGGAGAAGUUCCCGCCUUGGACUAACGUGGUUCCAUCAGUAGCAGUCGUCAAUAUGUUCGCGCUGUAGUAUUUUAAUGAGUGAUAGUAAAUCGAAAAUUAUAUGUGUUUUGAAA